CAUAGUCGCGGCGUAGACGGAUCUGCGGCUGUAGCUGUGUUGUAUACAGUAGUCAGCUUCUUUAUACAUCAUGGAGACUUUAUACAGUAUACCUUUCACUGUGCUGGAGUGUCCGAAUAUAAAACUGAAGAAACCAUCAUGGCUGCACAUGCCGUCGGCUAUGACUGUGUACGCGGUUGUAAUUGUGUCCUACUUUCUCAUCACAGGAGGUAUCAUCUAUGAUGUUAUUGUUGAACCUCCAAGUGUGGGCUCAAUGACUGAUGAGCAUGGACACCAGCGGCCAGUUGCCUUUUUGGCCUACAGAGUAAACGGGCAGUACAUCAUGGAAGGUCUGGCUUCCAGUUUCCUCUUCACAAUGGGAGGCCUGGGCUUUAUAAUCCUGGACCGCUCCAAUGCACCAAACAUUCCCAAACUCAACCGCUUCCUGUUGCUCUUCAUCGGGUUCGUCAGUGUCCUCCUGAGCUUCUUCAUGGCCAGAGUGUUCAUGCGCAUGAAGCUGCCCGGAUACCUCAUGGGCUAAAGACAACACGAGGAUGCUUCAGAAUAUUUGGAUGAACGCUGGCUGUUUUGUUCUUGGGGGCCAAAUGAAAAAGUCAAUUAAAGUCACGGAUAAACACGACCUUUAAUAUAAUCAACAGUCAAGGACUGAAAGCACUGACACUGCUCAAGAAAUUAACCCUGGCUGCACUGACAGUCUCCUAAUGGCUUUGUGUCAGUGGUGUUCAGUAACUUGCUUUUCUCCAGGUACCCAAACAAACUGGUGAAGCAAAUACCCAUAUACAUCAAAUGUUUCGUUUUUUAGGUCAAACCGCUGUGAUUUUCAUCAGAUUAUGAAAAGAAAAGGAAGUUAGUGAACACUGUUGGCACAGGGCCGCUGCUGGAAUCAAAAUUUAGCACUAUAUGAAAGGGGAUUCUGAACCAUAUUUCAAUGAAAUGUUUUUGUAAAGAAGUCAUUAAAAAACCUUGAAACUGUCAUAGUUGCAUUUUGUACAAGGAUGUGAAAUAAAUCUUCUUUUCAGAGCUUAU